AUGCCUGGCCAAUGGCAAUUGGAAGACUUGAAGCAGGAGGCACAAACAUGUGACCAUCUGACCAACUACUUGACUGCUUCUGACUGGAAAGCUUUCAAGGAACUGCCCUUCUGGCAGGCAGCCAAUGUUUUGAUUGCCAGGCUGAAGAAAAUUGGUGUCAAGAGCCUCAAAGAAAGCUUAAAGAAAAGGUGCAUUGCCAUUAUGGUUCUGAAUGAAAUGGAGAAGGGCAAACCCUUUCCCACCUACAAGGCCAUCUAUGACACAGCCCAGCAAUUCUCAAGUGCUUUCUUGAGCUCUUCUCACCAAGCAGCCCCAGGGGUGCCUUGCGUCCUCACCUACCCCGUGCAGCCUUCCAUGGUCAAUGAAAGCUUUGUGGCCACAGCCUAUGACAAUGAAGACCCACCUGUUUCCAAGCACUUGGAAGACCUCAACUUCUUGGUGCUGCAUCAUAUCCCAGUCAGGUCCACCAGUAGGCUGCUGAGAGAAGACAGCAGCAAGGUUCUUGACAAGAAGCUCAAGAGAAAGAGUUCUGUACUGGCAGAAGAGGAUUUGGAGGACAGAGUGGCUGACAGAGUGGUGGGCCAGCUAAGUUGCAAGUUGGAGAGGCUGCUGGGCGAUAGAAGUCAGGCCCCUGGCACUGUGGCAAGACCUUGCUUGAGUUUGUCAAAGCCUCUGUCAGUGGAAGGUGCCAACAGCCUUGAGAACAUGAAGCCCAAAGCCUUGCUGAAUUUGCCUUCUGCCAACUCCUUUACUUGCUCUGAAGCAAGUAAGCAACAGGACAAUGGUGACAGGAUGGAUAAUGACCAGCUCCAAGUGGCUUUACCUGAUUUGGAAGAGGAGCAGUUUCAAGAACUGAAAAAUGAGAAGACAAUGCCCAAAUCCAACCCCACCACAAAGCCAAAGGAGAAAAAUGUCAAGGGUGCUGUCCUCAAGAGGCCUGCAGCCAGUGUGCUGAAGAGGCCUGCAGCCAGUGUGCAAGUGGCACCUCAAGACCUUGCAGAGCAGGACCAGGACUGCUGGGGGUGUCUUCGAUGUCGACGCAAUGUGAAAGGAUGCUUGUCCUGCAGAAAGAAAGACUUUGCUGGCUUAAGAUGCAAUGGAAGGGAAGCUUGGAAGGCAGCUUUGGCAAAGGAUGGCAAAAGCUGGAAGUGAUUGCCCAUGCAGUAGGAUUUGGGGAAGCAAGCUCAAAGGCAAGCAUGUUUUGGUGCAAAACUGAACCACAUGUCUUGACAUCCCACUGAAAC